UUUUUAACUUUCUUAAAAUCCAUUCUAGGGCUUUGUGAAGGAUGUCCAUGAAGACUCUGUCACCAUCUUCUUUGAAAACAACUGGCAGAGUGAGAGACAGAUUCCUUUUGGGGAUGUCCGGCUACCACCUCCUACUGACUAUAAUAAGGAGAUCUCAGAGGGAGAUGAAGUAGAGGUUUAUUCUCGAGCCAAUGAACAGGAACCUUGUGGCUGGUGGCUGGCCCGAGUGCGGAUGAUGAAGGGAGAUUUCUAUGUCAUUGAAUAUGCUGCCUGUGAUGCCACCUACAAUGAGAUUGUCACACUGGAGAGACUUCGGCCAGUUAAUCCCAAUCCCCUUGCAACCAAAGGCAGUUUCUUCAAGGUUACCAUGGCUGUGCCUGAAGAUCUGAGAGAGGCCUGCACCAAUGAAAAUGUCCAUAAAGAGUUCAAGAAAGCACUGGGAGCUAACUGCAUCUUUCUUAACAUCACAAAUAGUGAGCUCUUUAUUCUGUCAACCACAGAAGCCCCUGUGAAGCGAGCAUCUCUGCUGGGUGACAUGCAUUUCCGAAGCCUACGUACAAAAUUGCUACUAAUGUCCCGCAACGAAGAAGCUACCAAGCAUCUAGAGACAAGCAAGCAGUUGGCAGCAGCAUUCCAGGAGGAAUUUACAGUGCGAGAGGAUCUGAUGGGUCUGGCCAUUGGGACCCAUGGUGCCAACAUCCAGCAGGCCCGGAAAGUACCUGGGGUGACUGCCAUUGAGUUGGGUGAAGAGACCUGCACUUUCCGCAUCUAUGGGGAGACUCCUGAAGCAUGCCGGCAGGCUCGGAGCUACCUAGAAUUUUCUGAGGACUCUGUGCAAGUACCCAGGAAUCUGGUUGGCAAAGUGAUUGGAAAGAAUGGGAAAGUGAUCCAGGAGAUUGUGGAUAAAUCUGGUGUGGUGAGAGUUCGUGUGGAAGGUGAUAAUGACAAGAAGAACCCCAGGGAGGAGGGAAUGGUUCCCUUCAUAUUUGUUGGUACCCGAGAGAAUAUCAGCAAUGCCCAGGCACUGCUGGAGUAUCAUCUUUCCUACCUGCAGGAGGUAGAACAACUUCGCUUGGAGAGGCUGCAAAUUGAUGAACAGCUUCGGCAGAUUGGUCUGGGCUUUCGCCCUCCCGGUAGUGGACGGGGUGGUGGUGGUGGCAGUGACAAGGCUGGCUAUACCACUGAUGAGAGCUCCUCCUCCUCCCUCCACACGACAAGAACCUAUGGGGGCAGCUAUGGAGGCCGGGGUCGGGGCCGGAGGACUGGAGGUCCUGCAUAUGGCCCCAGCUCAGACCCAUCCACGGCAUCUGAGACAGAGUCAGAGAAGAGAGAAGAGCCAAACCGAGCUGGGCCUGGUGACCGUGAUCCCCAAAGUCGAGGGGAAGAAAGCCGGAGGCGGCCGAUUGGGGGCCGGGGUAGGGGACCACCACCUGUCCCCCGUCCCACCUCAAGAUACAACUCUUCAUCAAUUAGCUCAGUGCUAAAGGAUCCAGACAGUAAUCCCUACAGCCUCCUGGACACUUCGGAACCUGAGCCCCCUGUUGAUUCAGAGCCUGGGGAGCCUCCCCCAGCAAGUGCCAGGCGCCGUCGCUCUCGCCGCCGCCGCACUGAUGAAGACAGGACUGUCAUGGAUGGAGGCCUGGAGUCUGAUGGGCCCAACAUGACAGAGAAUGGCCUGGAAGAUGAAUCCAGACCCCAACGUCGUAAUCGUAGCCGCCGCCGCCGCAACCGUGGUAAUCGGACAGAUGGGUCUAUCAGUGGGGACCGCCAGCCAGUGACUGUGGCUGACUAUAUCUCACGAGCAGAAUCUCAGAGCCGGCAGCGGCCGCCUCUAGAUGGAGCUAAACCCUCAGAGGACUCUCUUUCAGGACAGAAGGGCGACUCUGUCAGCAAGCUUCCUAAGGGGCCCUCGGAGAAUGGGGAGCUCUCCGCCCCCCUGGAGUUGGGUAGCUUGGUUAAUGGGGUUUCAUAAGACCUCUAGCCCACAUCCCUCCUUUCUCCAUCUCGCUUGCUGCCCACCACCAUGGCCCUCAUGGGCCCAACUGACCUGCGCUGGAGCUGCUCUUAUCUAGGGGGGAGGGGGGUGGCACAGCAGCUUGGGUCCCCCCCAACCUCCAGGAGCUAGUGGAGGGGUGUGUAACAGGGUCAUACACCCUCCCUCUUGUCCACCCUACCCCCAGGGCGAGGGGAGCCUCCCCUUCCCCAUCAGACUGGAUGUGCCUUUAUCCUCUAAUGCCCCAACCUCUGAGUACCCCCAUUUUCCGCCUGUUGGUGGGGGUGCUCCUUGACCCACCCAGAUUCGACGGUUCAGGGGGGCUCCCCUGCUAUCCCUCCUCCCAUCCUGUAUCCCCCAUUUCUGGGGCCUCAUCACUGUGGAAGACGGGGAUAGUAUGGGUAUCCAUGGGUGGGAGGCAUGGGGAAGGUUUUGGAGUAGAACCAGGGGUGUGUAUGAAGGGGGGUGACAAGGUCCCCUAGGGGGAAGGGGAUCUAACCUUGUGUGGUGGAUGAGAAGGCGUAUUUAUUUUUCACUGUACAGUAUUUAAAAAGAGAAUAAAAAAUUCCAAAUGGU